AGGAGCAGCUGAGAGAAGAGGGACAGGGAGAGAAAGAGGAGCUAUAACAACACAACAAAUCAUCUGUGGUGUGAGACUCGCACGUGGCCUUGGACUUGAUGACUUGUUUGAAGAGUUUAGAGGGAAGCACAUGAAUUGGGUCAGACAGAAGCAGAAGAUCACACCUGUAAAGUUUUGUGAUAGCGUUAGAAACUUUUCAGGAGAUAACAGAUCAUAACUGGACUUCAUUCACCUCUUGAUGUCUAGACUUGAACACUGAGCUGCAUCUUUUCUCUGAAUUUUUGUGGAUCUUGCUGCUUUUCCAGCCGCCACUCAACUUUCCUGCAGACUGGAGCUCAGUGUGAGACGCAGCAGGAGGACGCGGGGGCAAAAAGAGAGUAUUGCCAUCCAUCUCUAGCCCACCCUCAGCUUUGGACGCGCCCCUCCUCUCUGCCUGUCUUCUUUUGCCCCUUCAACCUCCCAACCCACCCCUCAUCCCCUCCUCCUCUUCUACACCUCACCCCCCAACAGAGCAGAAAGCGUGAAAAAUCUCACUAAUGGGUUUAUUUGCUGUCAGAUCUGCGCCGAUCUGUCAUUCCCUUGCACCAUUUUGCUUGACACAUUUCAUAGUUGAGUAAGCCUCCUCUAGCUUUCUGGCUAGAGUUAACAGUGCCCCUGCAACGUUGUGCUGCCUGAGAGCUCAUCAAGGAGGGGAGCAACAGCGGCAGCAGCCAGUCUGACAGUCUCUUGGACAGGGAGUCCCUGAAGCUGCAUUCCUCUGGUCUCCGUCCUCAGCUUUGUGGGCAUCCUUCAGCUUCUCAGAAGAUUCCGAUUAUUUCUGCAGGGAUUGAUUGAGAAUAAGUGUGAAGAUGAGGUGUGCAGCUGGGCCUCUGGCCGUGAUGGCUGCAGUGUUUUGGACUCAGUGUGUCCUUCUGGAUGGGGUGGAAGCCAAGAAGGAGAGAAAGAGGCCAAAGGAGGCCACCCCACAGCACACGGAGACCUUCAAUGCUACUCUGUCCAACAGUGAAGAGGUCGGUGGAAGCAUCAAGCAGAUUUCUGACAACCAGAGAGUAGAUCCACUGGGAUCAUGGAUGGACUUUGUCAAAAGACCUGUUGGCAACUUCCCUGGAAAGUGUCGCAAGCGCAAACGACCCCUGCCGGGCCCACCCGGUCCUCCUGGCCCUCCUGGCCCUCAGGGACCUCCAGGCUCUCCUGGGGCUGAAGUGACCCAGGAAGUUCUUCUGCAGGAGUUUAAAGACAUGAUCAAAGAGGCUACAGAGAGGAGAGCAGCUGCUCUGGACAGAGCAACAAGCCCCAGCCAGCUACCUACAGCUCUCCUCACUCUGGAAGGGAUGACAUCCUACCGGCGGAUCGAGGAGGCGUUCCACUGCAAGCUCAAGGGACCGGUGGUGGUGGACAAGAAGACGCUGGUGGAGCUCCAAAACUUUCAGACGCCUCCUGCUAAAGGAGCUUUCCUCAGAGGAUCAGGAAUGGACCAAUCUACAGGAAGAUUCACUGCUCCGAUCACAGGGAUCUACCAGUUCUCUGCUAAUGUUCACAUUGACCACAACGAGGUGAAGAGGAGCAAGAGUCAGCUGAAGGCCAGGGAUAACGUCCGGGUGCUGAUCUGCAUCGAAUCUCUCUGCCACAGAUACACCUCUCUGGAGAUGAUCGUUGGAUUAGAAAGUAACAGCAAGAUAUUCACUGUCAGCGUGCAGGGGCUGCUGGAGCUCCAGGCUGGGCAGUACACCUCCAUAUUUGUGGAUAACGCAGCCGGAGCGUCCAUCACAAUACAGAACGGCUCUGAUUUUAUGGGCAUGCUGCUCGGUGUAUAGCCUCAAACAUGGAAAAGGCAUCAUCCAGACCAUCCGCCACUGCCUAUUUUCUGUUUUUGCAAAGGACUGCUCCUCUUCACCACCACACAGAACCAAACCACAGCCAGGUUUGAUGGACUUUGACUGGACUGCUUGUCAGACGGUGGAUGGACAGUGUGAAGAACUCGAGGACUGAGUUUGUUUUUCACAGAGCACCGCCACUUCCUCAAGGAACUUUGAUGACUGUUUCCUCAACAACAAAACAACCUGAAAACAAACAGUGAAUAGCUCUGUUCAGUAUGUUUCAUGGCUGUUGAAGACUUCUGCGGUAAACCAAAAAUCAAUGUUUUCUGGACAUUUGGUACAUUUGUGUUGAAAUGUACACCAUUAUGUUAAUAUGAUGUAUAAUGUACACAAUCAUGAGCUAUAGUUAUUUUUUAUCAUGGAUUUAAUAUCACAGUUAUAUAUAUGUUAUAUGGUACAUAGACUGCGAGAACACUGGACAUUAGACAUAUGCUCAAAGUACAGAAAUGGCAUCAAAAGGCCUUGUAAAAAUUGAUGUCUUGUAUAUGUAAGCUACCUUUUAUAACACGACUAUAGCUGCAUUUUUACAAUACCAAUGGCCUGGCUCUGUAUAGCAACCUUGGCCAUUUGGUCCACUAUGUCUAGGACAGAAAUAUCUCAACAGUUGAAUGAAUUCAUGGUCCCAACAGGAUAAGUCUUGUUGCCUUUCAUUGUGAGCUACAAUAAGGUUGAUAAUGGUGAUUUUGUCUUGAUUAUUACCACAACUGUUGGAUUAAGGCAGUUAAAUUGGUGCACACAUUCAUGCUGCCCUCAGGAAAAGUUUAACCAAUGUAAAUAUGCUAAAGCCUCAUUGAUGCUCCACAUUCAGCAUGGAUAGAUGUGGACAGAGCCUUCUGUCUGGCUCUGUGUUUCAUUCAACAGUCUGGCUGUAGACCGCAGAUCUCAGACGCCCCCCCUUGCAGACCACCAUGGUGAGAUGUCGUAUCUAUCAGAGUGGAAAAAUGUGCUAAAAUAAAAAUUGGAUUAAACUUCUGGUUAGAGUUAAGGUAAGGUUUGAGGUAACAGGAUACCAAAAGUUAAAAAUUAAAAACCUGACCUGCCAAACCUAAAUGAAAAAAAAAACAUCAAAUAAAGCUGAGUAAACAGACUGCUUACAAGAAGCUACUCUAACACAGCUAAUGUAGUCAGGGCUAAAGCGAACAAAGCUAUUUUAGCUUUGGGGAUAAUGUAGCUUAUAUAAAUUGCUUAGCUAAUUUAGCUAUGUGGCUUAUUUAGCUGUGUUAGCUUUGUGGUUAACAUAACUAACAUCAGCUACUUAGCUAAUUGAGCUUUGUAGCUAAAAUAGUUACACUUAAAGCUGACAAAACUACAUUGGCUAAGUAAGCUUUGCAUGUUUCAUAGCUAUGUAGCUAAAUCGAAAUCUUAAGAAGCUCUGUUAGCCAGAUAAGUUAGAUAGCUAACAUAGCUUCAUAACUAAUGUAGCUAAAGCUAACAGAGCUGUGUAGGUCUUGUGGAUAGAUUAGCUUACAAUAGCUACUUAGCUAAUUUAGCAUUGUAGCUAGAAUAGCUAACACAGUUAAAUCUUCAGCUGGAUAAAACUAUGUUAGCUAAGUAAGCUACACAGGUUACGAAGUUAUGUAGCCAAAUCUAAAGGUAAAGAAGCUAGGUCAGCUAACAUAUCUUCAUAACGACCACAGCUAAAGCUAAAUCUAAUGAAGCUACAUGAGCUUUGUGGAUAACAUAGCUAACAUUACGUCCUAAGCUUCUUUAGCCUUAUAGCUUGAUUAGCAAUGUAGUUAAAUCAAAAGCUUGAAAAAAUCUAUAUUUGCUAAGUAAGCUACACAGGUUGUGUAGCUAAAAAGCCAAAUCUAAUGCUUAAAAAAAAAGCUAUUUUAGCUAGGUCAGCUAUGUAGCUAACAUGUCUUUAUAAGUAACAUAGCAUAAGCUUAAGCUAACAAAGCUACAUAAGCUUUGUGGAUGACAUAGUUAGCAUUAGCUGCUCAGGUAAAUUAGCAUUGUCGCUUAAGGAAAUAAAGCUACAUUAGAUUAUGCUAUUUGCUAAAGCUAGAACGCUCUUAGAAGUAGUAAAAUAAAUGGCGGCACGCUUAACUUUGUUAGCUUCAGAUAAAACUAACCAAACUACAUUGGCUUUUCUUGCAACGAUAACUACAAGUUACCCACAAAGCUACGUUAUCUUUAGCUUAAGCUAAUGAAGCUAAAGCCAGCCAUCAUUUGCAUAACUUCUUCUAAAACAGGUCUACUCAUAAUUUUAUCCUGGAUUAGACAUCAGACCUUUUUUUCUGUUUUGAAUUUAUAAAUAUUGCCCAGUCUGUAAUGUUUGCAAGGUAGGUGUUUUGUGAACGUAACUGCCAGACUUUUUUAUUCAGAAAGUUGAGUUAAAAAGAACUUCUAAAACGUCAUACCAGCAUUUUGUCCCCUUCAGAGGCGGCGUCUCACAGUAGUGGUAUGCAGGAGAGGGCGUCUGAGAUCCUGUAGCCAGACCCCUCUCAAAUCAUUUCGUCCAUAUUUCAGCACAGAAUAAAACAAACAUUGCAGUAACACUAGAAAUCUGCAAAGUUCUUUGAAAAAAGCAGAAGUUUUUGAGAAAAGAUCAUGCCAUUCGGUCAGAAAGUAUAAACGUACACAUGGGCAGUUUUGACUGAGUUGUUUAAAACGUAUGUAUCUAUUUCUGUACAUAAAAGGAGCAUAAAUGAGCCUUAAUGUGCUAAAGGACAUUGGGAUGACAGCAUUGUCAUUUUAAUCAAGCUAGCAUUUAGCACAAAGAACUGUACAGUCCCAUAGAAUCACUAGUACAGAUCUAGACAUUUAAUAUUGCAUAUUCACAGUACAACAGGAAAUAAAGGGUCUUGUAAUAUGUGAUAUCCACGUUCUUACCAGUCCCUAACAUCCAUAUAGCCCUAGCUCACUGCUAGUGUUGCUAGCAGUAAUACUAUGUUUCAGACACUCAGAGAGUUUUGUAGUAUUCUGACCUUUUAACUCUGUUGUUCUUUUUUUUUUUUUCUAUUUUUACUGUAUUAUAUUACCUUUGAUGAAAGGAUGUUGUAAUUUAUCAUAACUGUUACACCAGUAAGAUUGGAAACUUUGAGGUUUUGAUAUGGUAUUUAUGUUUGAGGAAAUGUAUGAUUCACUCCAGUCUUUUCAAUGUCAAACCUUAGAUUAUUGUAAGAAUAAAUUUAUACCUUUUCAU